UAUUUAUUUAUUUACUGACUUAUUUAUUUAAAAGUCAAAAAAUGCUGCCUACAGUGGAUGCCGACUUUGCCAAUUCUACACAAAUCCCCGCUAACACUUCUUUGCCGUUAACUUUGGAAUCAAGAGCCCUGGCUACUUCUGCAAGUAUGUUUGUAGUGGGGGUUUUAGGAAACCUCAUCGCCAUAGUGGUCCUAUGCACUUCAAAAAAGGAACAAAAAGAAACAACUUUCUAUACUUUAGUGUGCGGACUCGCCGUGACUGAUCUCCUGGGAACUUGCUUCACCAGCCCCGUUGUAAUAGCGACAUACAUAACUGGCAAAUGGCCAGGAGGCUACAUGCUAUGUGACUUCUUCUCCUUCUCCAUGCUGUUCUUUGGAUCCGCUGGGAUGUCCAUACUGUGCGCUAUGGCCAUCGAACGCUACCUGGCAAUAAAUCAUGCCUACUUCUACUCGCACUACGUGGAUAGGACAAUGGCAAGGCUGGCUCUUGCUGUCACCUACAUUAUCAAUGUGGUUUUGUGCAUCAUGCCAAGCUUCGGUUUCGGUGCUCAUGUGAGACACUUUCCUGGCACUUGGUGUUUCUUAGACUGGAGGUCUCUAAACCCAAUUUCAGCAUCCUUUUCCUACCUUUACGGAGGAUUUAUGAUCCUGCUGAUUGCCGUGACUGUCUUGUGCAAUCUGGCAGUGUGCGGCUCACUCGUGCGGAUGAGCCAGAGAGCCCGACUGGUGCGAGCAGAGGUGUCCGGGAAAGAUGUGGGCAGACCCAGGCGACGCUUCCCGCGACUCGCCAACGCAACAUCAGCUGCUGAAAUCCAGAUGUUUUGGCUGCUUAUUUUCAUGACAAUCGUCUUUUUGGUCUGCUCAAUUCCACUUGUGGUGCAGAUAUUUAUAAAUCAGCUGUAUGGCCCUUCCAUUAUUAUAGCAGGUGGUAAACCAGACUAUCGCAAUGAUAUCCUGGUUAUCCGCUUUGCCUCCUUCAACCCCAUUCUCGAUCCAUGGGUAUACAUCUUAUGUCGGAAGAACCUGCUGACCAAAGGCUGUGAGCGAGUGAAACGAACAGUGGGAAUUGCUAAAGAAGAUCACACACGUAAAGUGGGCUGGAUUAGCGGGCAGCAUACACCUCCAUCAUAUAUCAACAGUGUCACAACUAGUUACGCGUCUCUACAGAUUCGUGAUGAAAGACAUGGCACCCAGAAGCAGGCUGAUGUGCGGACUAAAUCUUUUACUGAUUUUACCAUCCAGCAGACUUGGGAUCUGGACAUAUCUAAGUCUAACUUUCAUCCAUUCAGCCUUCACCAGGAUACAACUCUUGAUUUUGAUAAGCAUAAUAGUCCAUCCAAACCUAUUGUAUGUAAUAUUGUUCAAGAGACUUCCACCCCAGAGGUGAGUAAAUGCUGUGAACCUGCACAAGGACCACCAGUACAGCGGACACCGGACAGACAGUUUGAGAUGGUCACCUGCACCUUCAGCACGCCUACAUCGUGUGUGUCUGAGAAAUGCAUAUAGGGCAUUCAGCACUUUACUAGAUAUUAAAUUACAUAAAGUUUAAACUUGAAGUGCAAUUUCUAAUGAUAUUUCAACCUGAUGUUUAGUUGAAAAUUCACAAAUGUCUUGCGCCACCAAGUGGCCAGCAGUUUUGAAGACCAGGUUUUCAUAAGAGUUUGUACCCAUCACAUCUAUUGAAGGUUACACAUCCAAAAUGUUGUGUCUCUAACUGGACCUGCUUUUGUUUACUUCAAUAAGAGUUUGCAGUGGUCUAAGGUAACUGUUGAGCAGCAAUCAGAUCAUUUCUUCUAUUAUCGUUUAGCCAAAAUGUAAAGCAAUACAUCUUUAGGUUGCCUAUUUGUCAAAUGUGUAGCUUGACGGGAUAAACUGUAUUAGGGGAAGGUAUCAUGAUGGAACUCUCAAAUGAUACUGUGAAAGUAAGCAAAAAAGCAUAUUUGAUGAGGCAAAACUGCUGAACUCUGCAAAAAUGUAGCUGUGUUAACCGUAUCUUGUCGUUUAUUACAUAAAUAUUUAAACAUGAUGAAUCAUGACAGUAUUUCAGUGGCACUGGUAAAGAAGUGCUAGCAAAUAAAGUCUUUGUUUAAUAGUGACACCAAGAGCAAAACUGUUUGUUUUUCUCCAUUUGGUUUAGUUAUAACACCAACAUGACAAUAAGUUGCAAGCACAACAACUUGGUUUGAAUUAUAAAUGACAGUUCAUUUCUAAUGCUGUUGUGCCCUGAAUUAUUUAUCUAAAAAUGCGGCACAUUGCACUUCACAGUUAUAAUACCCUCCUGCAGUGUUAAUGACUGGGAAGAAUGCUCUAGUUUUGUAACUUUAUAGGCUUAGUGUUGCUCCAUUAUUCACAUCUCUCUCAAACAAACAUCAACUAGCUGUAUGUGUUAAUGUUGCUGAAGAAUCAUGACAAGUGACCGUAAAGAUGUUCAUUUCCACACAGCAACCUAAAUGUUAGCAUACAUGUAUCCUGUCAAGGGCCGCUUCCCAGGUUUCCUAUGUCUCCACUUAUUGUGCAUUCUUUUAUACAUUUAUAUUAAGCUCAUACAAGGUAAUUGUCAUAAAUUUGCUCGUUUUCAUAAGUGGAUAAGUAUCUUUGUUAAAUACCGAAAGAUAAACUGACAGUAAAUAGUUGAAUAAAUGUUAGUGCUUAUUUUGCAUAGCUCAGACAUGAUUAGGAAGCCAUAUGCACAUUGGGAUAGAUGAUGGAGCUGAGCGCAGUAAAUGGCUCACUAGUCUUGCCUGAGGGAGAAUUUUUUGUUUUGUGCGCUUGGUAAAAGGAAAUUUACUUUUAUUGCCUUUAUU